GGAUACAAAAGAACGAUGCUUAUCAAACCACUUUGAUAUAUGUACCACAAAUCAGAUCAGAUCUCUCUCUCUCUCUAAACUCAGAGCUGAAUCAGCUACAUUGAAAUCGCUGCAAUGGCAACAGCAACUCUUAGCUCCACCGACGCCGAUAAGCUCUCCAACCUAAAAUCAGCUGUAUCUGCUCUUAACGAAAUCAGCGAGAAUGAAAAAUCUGGAUUCAUAAAUCUGGUCAGUCGUUAUCUCAGUGGUGAAGCACAGCAUAUUGAAUGGAGCAAGAUCCAGACUCCCACUGAUGAGGUUGUCGUUCCGUACGACAGCUUAGCUCCUCUUCCUGAAGAUCCUGAGGAAACUAAGAAGCUUUUGGACAAAUUAGUUGUUUUGAAACUUAAUGGAGGACUUGGAACAACUAUGGGAUGCACUGGUCCUAAGUCUGUCAUUGAGGUUCGGAAUGGCUUGACUUUCCUGGAUUUGAUCGUCAAGCAGAUUGAGUCUCUCAAUACUAAAUAUGGAUGCAAUGUGCCUCUCGUGUUGAUGAAUUCUUUCAACACGCAUGAUGACACAUUGAAGAUUGUAGAACAAUAUUCAAAAUCAAAUAUAAAGAUUCAUACAUUCAACCAGAGUCAAUAUCCUCGUUUAGUUGCUGAAGACUUUCUGCCAAUGCCUUCCAAAGGAAAAUUUGGAAAGGAUGGAUGGUACCCUCCUGGUCAUGGUGACGUAUUUCCUUCAUUGAAAAACAGUGGCAAGCUUGAUGCCUUCUUAUCUGAGGGCAAGGAGUAUGUGUUUGCUGCCAAUUCAGAUAAUUUAGGCGCUAUAGUGGACUUGAGGAUAUUAAAUCACUUGAUCAAAAACAAGAAUGAAUACUGUAUGGAGGUCACACCAAAAACUUUGGCUGAUGUGAAAGGAGGAACCUUGAUUUCCUAUGAUGGGAAGGUUCAGCUCCUGGAAAUCGCACAAGUUCCUGAUCAAUAUGUCAAUGAAUUCAAGUCAAUUGAGAAGUUCAAGAUUUUCAACACGAAUAACUUGUGGGUGAACUUGAAGGCAAUCAAUCGACUUGUAGAAGGAGAUGCAUUGAAAAUGGAGAUUAUCCCAAACCCUAAAGAAGUGGAGGGAUUAAAAGUUCUUCAGCUGGAAACAGCUGCUGGUGCUGCAAUUAGGUUCUUUGAUGAUGCAAUUGGGAGCAAUGUUCCCCGGUCUCGAUUCCUUCCAGUGAAAGCUACAUCAGAUUUGUUUCUUGUUCAGUCUGAUUUGUAUACAGUGGAAGAUGGGUUUGUGAUUAGAAACAAAGCAAGGACAAACCUUGAAAAUCCUUCCAUUGAAUUGGGUCCUGAAUUCAAAAAGGUAUCGGAUUUUUUGAAACGGUUCAAGUCUAUCCCAAGUAUCAUAGAGCUGGAUAGUCUAAAGGUGUCUGGUGAUGUUUCAUUUGGAUCCGGCGUUACUGUCAAGGGGAAAGUUGUUAUUGCUGCAAAAUCUGGAGUUAAGCUUGAAAUCCCAGAUGGAGCUGUAAUUGUGGACAAGGAAAUCAAUGGACCAGAGGAUAUCUGAGGUGUUUAUUCAUGGGCAUGGCUGGCUACUUCCGAUUUUGUUUGCUUGGGCAACUUUAUCAAUACUAAAUGAAUGAUUAAAGGAUGGGAUCUUUCUUGUUUUUGCCAUCCCUUUCCUUUCCAUACUUCAAAUAUAAAAAUAAAAACCUUUUGAUUCGUAAGGAAAAUAUAAUGUAAAAUUUUAUUUUCUGCA